AUGGAAGAGAUCAAAGUUAUUGAGCCUGUUGCAAAUUCAGUUUCUAUAGAUGUCACUGCCAACUCUGAAUUAAACGUUAGCAAUAAUAGUAGUGAAGUUGUUGAACAUUUUACAAAUUCUGUUUCUUUAAGUAUCACCGAGUUAAACGGUAGAAAUAGCAUUGAAAUUAACGAUAACGACGAGAAAGUCGUUUUAAAUGACUUGGAAGAUGACAAGAUCGAAAUUAUUAAACCUACUACUAAUUCAAUCUCUAACAUUGCCAAUAACACUGAAACUGACCAUUCUGACAUUGAAGAUAAUAGUACUUCCUUGGAGAUGUUGAUACAAAUGAUAUACUCUAAAGAAGAUACACUUCCUACAAAAUUAGAAUGCUUGAAUUUUAUUAUGCCUGAACUAACCAAAGAAGUGUCUGAUAAAUUCAUGGACAAACUCAUUGAUUUAAAUGGUAUUAAUCCUGAUGCAAAAUUUAAAGUGGACAGAUUAAAACUUAUGGAUUGGCUUAAAAAUAUUUGUUACACUACCAAGAACAUAAAUAUUACAACAACAAAAUCUGCGUAUAGCUAUGUUAUACAUAUGAUUGCAAUGAUAGAUUUUAUUUUAAAAAAUCCAAAUAAUUCAAAAACUUCAGAUUUCAUUACGUAUUAUAAUUCAACUGAAGAGUCAAAUGACAAUCCCUUAGGCAAUAUAAAUUUCCAUUAUCCAAACUAUAUUUUUUGCAAUUUAUUAAUGAUCAAUAAUGGAAAUAUUGAUCAAGAUAUAUGUUUUGAAGAUAUAGUUUAUUCGGCGUUUCCAUGUAAACGUAAUAUUUGGGAACGAAAAAAUAAAAGAUUCUUUCCUAGGAUUAAAUAUAAAUUUGAUUUACCUUUAAGUCGAAUACACGAUCUGGGACUAGAAAUUGAAUCCACAAAACACUUUAAUCAUCAUCUCUCUCUUAAAGGAAAAACUAUCAAAAUUUUAUCUUAUGAUUUGGCAACCGAACAAUUCAUUUUAGUUUAUCAAUAUAAUCGACUGGCUCGAUUCGAAUCUAGAAACAUUAUAAUUAAACGUAAUAUUUGGAUAACUAACAAUGAAAUGAAAUCCAAAUUUGGUUCUAUUAAGAUUUGGACUAAAGGUUUUGGUUACUCUAUUCUUUAUGACAAGUUUCUUGAUCUGGAAAAAAGGCUCAAUUCAUUUUGGUUCC